AUGGGAGAAGUGGAGAAGCCGCGCAGCGUUAUCAUCGUCGGAGCUGGCGUCGGCGGUGUCGCUACCGCGGCGCGCCUCGCAGAGGCCGGGUUGAAAGUCACAGUCGUGGAGAAGAACGACUUUACAGGCGGACGAUGCAGCUUGAUACACCGCGAUGGAUACAGAUUUGAUCAAGGCCCGAGUCUGCUGCUACUUCCUCACCUGUUCCACGAGACCUUCCGGGACCUAGGGACUUCACUAGAAGAGGAGGGCGUGCAUCUGGUCAAAUGCGAGCCCAACUACAAUAUCCACUUCCACGACCAGACAUCCUUCAAGCUCUCAACCGACCUUGCCACCAUGAAAGAGGAGAUCGAGCGCUUCGAGGGCAAGGAGGGUUUCGAACGUUAUCUCUCGUUCCUCCAGGAAUCGCAUCGCCAUUACGAGUACUCUGUCACGCAUGUGUUGAGGAAGAACUUCUACUCUAUUCUGAGUAUGUUGCGACCGAGCUUCCUCCGUCAUGUACUUGCACUACAUCCGUUUGAGAGCAUAUAUGGUCGAGCUAGCAAGUACUUCCGAACUGAAAGGCUCAGAAGAGUUUUCACCUUUGCGAGCAUGUACAUGGGCAUGAGUCCUUUUGAUGCGCCGGGCACGUACAGCUUGCUGCAGUACACCGAGUCGGCUGAAGGGGUAUGGUAUCCCAUUGGUGGCUUCCACAAGGUCGUGGAUGCACUCGUCAAGGUCGGCAAACGGAAAGGCGUUGAAUAUCGAAUGAACGAGCCGAUAUCCCGCAUCCAGCUCUCCAGCGACAGGCUACGAGCAACUGGAGUCGUACUCAGGGACUCCAACGAGACGCUUACCGCGGACCUAGUCAUCUGCAAUGCCGACCUCAUCUACGCAUACUCCAACCUCCUCCCGUCGACACCCUACUGCCGCUCUCUCUCUAAACGAAAAGCCUCGUGCUCCAGCAUCACCUUCUACUGGGCCCUGGACAGACAGUUCCCUGAGCUCUCGGCACACAACAUCUUCCUCGCGGAAGACUACAGAGAGAGCUUCGACAGCAUUUUCAAGAAACAUCAGAUUCCAGACGAGCCAAGCUUCUACGUCAACGUCCCUUCGCGGGUCGAUCCCACCGCUGCCCCAGAAGGAUGUGACGCGAUAGUCGUCCUGGUACCAGUCGGUCAUCUCUUGGACCCCGACACAGAUUCGCACAAAGGAACUCCAAGCUCGCCGGGAACCACGCAGAACUGGGAGCGCAUGAUCUCGACCGCACGCGACACGAUUCUCAAGACCAUUGAAUCGCGCCUUAACAUCUCUCUAGGCGCUCACAUAAUCCACGAAUCCGUCAACGACCCGCCAGCGUGGAAGUCGACCUUUAAUCUAGACCGCGGCGCUAUCCUCGGCCUGAGCCACUCUUUCUUCAACGUGCUUAGUUUCAGGCCGAAGACCCAGCAUCCCGGCAUCGAAAACUUGUACUUUGUAGGCGCCAGCACUCAUCCCGGGACCGGCGUACCGAUUGUGCUCGCCGGCGCGAACCUCGUUAGCGAGCAGGUCCUUCAGGCGACUGGUCAACGUGCUCCAUGGCUGAAGAGCGGGGAGGUGUGCAAUGGAGAGCGCAGCGCAUUGGGCCAGACACAUCGGACGCUCGUGCUCAGCUGGCUCCACUGUGCCGCGAUCACGCUGCUUGCGACGGCGAUCUGGCUUUUCAGCGCACUUGCUGGCGGAUGGGAUUGGAAGGAGGCACGAUUCACAGGAGACUGGUAA